CACUCCGUAUGACUUUCUCAUUAUGCUUAAAAUAACAUAUGAUGAUGAUAUGCCGUCUGAAACAUCUUUUUUUUUGAUCAUAUGCCGUCUGAAACAUUAGAUCAUCAACAUUUGUUUUUUUGCGGGAAGAUCAUCAACAAAUUUUGAGUGACUGUGAUCAUGCUUGUUCAAGAUCUAAUGCAUAAUAGAAUGCACAAAACAUGAAAUGACGAUCGUUUGAACAAUACCCAGUUCCAUUUCCAGGUGUCUGAUGGCGAGAAUCGCCGCAUUCCUGGCGGCAGUUUCGGCGGCGGUGCUGAUCAGUGUAGGGUGGGCGGAAUCCCAAACCCCGAACGCACCAUGGAGGAUCCACACACUGUUCUCGGUGGAGUGCCAGAACUACUUCGAUUGGCAGACGGUGGGUCUCAUGAACAGCUUCAGGAAGGCCCGGCAACCCGGCCCGAUUACCCGGCUCCUUAGCUGCACCGAUGACGCGAAGAAGACUUAUAGAGGCAUGGAAUUGGCUCCCACUUUUGAGGUCCCUUCCAUGAGCAGGCAUCCCAAAACCGGUGAUUGGUAUCCUGCAAUUAACAAACCAGCCGGGGUGGUGCACUGGCUUAAGCAUAGUAAAGAGGCAGAAAAUGUGGAUUGGGUAGUUAUUCUAGAUGCAGACAUGAUUAUCCGAGGUCCAAUCGUGCCAUGGGAGCUGGGUGCUGAGAAAGGUAGACCAGUUGCUGCAUAUUACGGGUACUUGGUUGGAUGUGACAACGUUCUUGCCGAACUGCAUACAAAGCACCCAGAACUGUGUGACAAGGUUGGUGGGGUUCUAGCCAUGCAUAUUGAUGAUCUUCGAGCUUUAGCACCCAUGUGGCUUUCAAAGACAGAGGAAGUAAGGGCGGAUAGAGCCCAUUGGGACACUAAUUAUACUGGUGACAUAUAUAAUUCCGGAUGGAUCAGUGAAAUGUAUGGGUAUUCUUUUGGUGCUGCAGAAGUGGGACUCCGGCACAAAAUUAAUGAUAAUUUGAUGAUCUACCCAGGCUAUAUUCCACAAGAGGGCGUUGAACCUAUUCUCUUGCACUAUGGAUUGCCUUUUAGUGUUGGAAACUGGACAUUCAACAAGCUUAAGCAUCAUCAAGACAAUAUUGUUUAUGAUUGUGGCCGCCUCUUUCCAGAGCCGCCUUAUCCCCGAGAGAUAAAAGAAAUGGAGGAUGAUCCUCUGAAAAGAAGAGCACUGUUUCUGAAUAUAGAAUGCAUGAAUACGUUGAAUGAAGGUCUGUUAUUGCAGCAUGCGGCGUUUGGAUGUCCAAAGCCAAAAUGGUCAAAGUAUCUAAGUUUCUUAAAGAGCAAAUCGUUCGCUGAUCUCACUCGACCGAAACUUUUGACUCCUAGGAGCCGACAGACAAUGGAAUUCAAACCUCGAAUUGAAGUUUCUCAAGCUGCCACUAAUGAACCCGCAAAGCCACAUCCCAAAAUUCACACAAUUUUUUCCACAGAAUGCUCGCCUUACUUUGAUUGGCAAACUGUUGGACUCAUCCACAGUUUCCACCAGAGUGGUCAGCCUGGUAAUAUCACAAGACUUUUGAGCUGCACAGAAAAUGACUUGAAGCAAUAUAAUGGCCAUGAUUUGGCUCCAACCCACUUUGUUCCUUCCAUGAGUCGACAUCCUUUGACUGGAGAUUGGUAUCCUGCAAUUAAUAAACCAGCAGCAGUGCUUCAUUGGCUUAAUCAUGUAAAGAUCGAUGCAGAGUUCGUAGUUAUCUUGGAUGCUGAUAUGAUCAUGAGAGGACCAAUAACUCCUUGGGAGUUCAACGCAGCCCGUGGACGACCGGUUUCAACUCCCUAUGACUAUCUGAUAGGAUGUGACAAUGUUCUUGCGAAGCUGCACACACGCCACCCUGAAGCUUGCAACAAGGUUGGAGGUGUCAUCAUAAUGCACGUCGAUGAUCUCCGGAGAUUUGCUCUGCUGUGGCUGCAUAAAACAGAGGAAGUCCGGGCAGACAGAUCUCAUUGGUCUAAGAACAUAACGGGAGAUGUAUAUGAAGCUGGAUGGAUCAGUGAGAUGUACGGUUACUCAUUUGGUGCAGCAGAGUUAAAUUUGCGGCAUGUCAUAAGCAAUGAGAUUCUUAUAUAUCCUGGAUACAUCCCUGCACCUGGUGUCAAGUAUAGAGUAUUCCACUAUGGCCUGGAAUUUAGGGUUGGAAAUUGGAGCUUUGAUAAAGCAAAAUGGAGGCACACUGACUUGGUCAACAAAUGUUGGGCUAAGUUUCCCGACCCUCCAGAUCCAACCACUCUUUCACAAACCAAUAAUGAUUCACUACAGCGUGACUUGCUUAGCUUAGAAUGUGCAAACAAGUUGAACGAAGCUCUACAUCUACACCACGAGAAAAGGAACUGUCCGGACCCCAAUUCUCCACCUUCCAUCAUGGAGACACCACUUAAUAUACCAACAGCUGAGAUUGACACGUCAAGGAUGUUUGGAAAAACAGAUGAAAAUGUUGAUGGAAUUGAAGCCAUGCAGCGUGACUCUGUCCAGAAAAACAAUAACUCUCAAGAAUCGUCGCCGCCUGAGGUGACAAGCCGAAUAUUGAGUUCCAUGAGGUUUUGGAUCAUUGUGUUGUGGGCUGUUUCAAUCGUCGGGUUCUUGGUGGUAAUGGUGAUGACACUUUCAGGUCGUAAGGGGAUGAAAAGGAAGGGCAAGAGUUACAAGGCCAAGAGACGAGCCUCACAUUCUGGUUUCUGGGAUACAAACAACAAUGAAAGGCACCUUCGCAGCAUUGAAACUGCUGCAUAAACAAAAUUCACGUGCGCAUACUGAAAGGUGUAGGGGAAAUUUCAGGAAAUGUUAUGCCAUUAUGUAUUUGACAAAAAUGCCCAUUACGUGAUGGUGCAUGAGUUACCCUCCCUUAUUCGUAAAUCUGGCAUUCCCCUGACGUAUAUGUUUGGUGGCCACAUCCUGGGCAGGGAUAAGGCAAAGUCGUCAACUGAAGCCAGUGUACUUAAAGCAAAAGCUAAAACUAGGCUCAACAAUAACACUCUUCAUAUGCAGUAUCAGUCUUCCUGCUUAUUUCUGCUCAGGAGUCCACCUUUUAGAAAUUAGACUUUGUGUAUCAUGUAUUUGAAAAGAAAUGAAAGAAAGAGAAGUGUAUAUUCAUGGGUUUCUGCAGUGUUGGUUGCAAGUUUGGCAGGUUGUAUAUUACUGAAACCAUGGUUUAAAUUCAUUCGGUGCUUAGGGUUUUUUGAGAUAUUGAAAAAAGUUGAGUAAUCAUAUUACUUGUUGAUCUUUAAAUGGAAUUUCAGCCAGUUGACCCUC